CAAAGUAGGUGUGUAAACAGGCUCUGGGAAAAAAGUAAUAUUGCACUCUUCUACUGCACUAGAGUAUUGGCUCGGCAGAUCACUUACUUCUGACGUUCCAAAGCCUCAGGGAGUUAGCUCGAUUGUCUGUCUUUGAUAAGGUCCUUGUAUACCAGUGAAUUGAUUCAUUGCCCGCGAAGUGCAUUUUAAAAGCAGCUCUUUCGUAAAGGUAAGCAUUUGUAACCAUAUCAAGAUUGUACGCUAUAUGGAGUCUUUUGCAUCGAUCCACUUUUAUUUAAUUCCAUUUAGUAUGGUUGUAUGCCAGUUUGGUGGUAAGGAAUUAGUCGCGUGUUGUUAUGUAUCUUCCGGGACCAGGCCAGCCUUCUUUCUUUGAACUCCUCACAACUAAACCUUCAGCCCAGUUGGUUAAGAAACAUUCUUGGUGUUCCACUGUUUCUCUCAAUUAUUGACGCUUUACCAUUAGAAAGACUAGUAUUUACGUGAAUGUACAGCUAGGAAUUAUCCAACUUGAUCGGACGGAGGAGGGGCGACGGCUGUGCGUGCGAAAUGCAAACAAACAGUCAGGGGGUGCCUAAACUUUGAACGAUUUCGAACGUGCCUGGCUGUAGGAGAACAUGGAUGGUAAGUUGUAGCGAAGCUGUUCCACAGGCCCCCUCUCUUGGCCGCUUUGAUGUGCUGCUGCUCGGCUUUGAAGUUGAGAACGCGGGGCUAUGUUUCUUGUUUGUGGGCGAGAAAUACGGCGAGAUAAGAAGCUUAUGUGUCUGUGCGCGCGAGCGCGUACGCGGGACUCAGAUUUUUAAAAAAAAAAAAAAAAAAAAAGACCAUUUCUCUGUCUGCGCGGCUUCUCUAGCUGGGAAAAGUGGGAUGUAUUCUACAACCGGAGCCCCCUCCUCCUCGUUUACUCCUCCAGAUUUUGACACCCCCAGAGAGCUACAUAGGGACUGAGCCUGCCACUUCUGAGGUCACUUGUGAAUGGAAGAAGGCUACGUUUACAGUAUUUUCCCUUCGAGAAAGGACACGCGUGGCGCGGCAGAUGCGGUGCAUGCUCACAUUUUGUGUUUGGAUUACUUGCCCACGAGUUACGGACUGCCAUCGUCUUUUCAACACAACAAAAUGGAAUAACGCCUCAACUUUUCAAAUGCACUUCUGUCGGAUAUAACCUGCGAUGAGUGAAGAGGAGCGGAGAAGCUCCCCCGCUGCUUUUAGAGAGUGAGUAGGAUUAGGCUGGAGCUCAGUGGAGGCACCACGGCACUCUCACAUUGGCAACCGGAGCUGGAGCCAUGAGCAGGGCGCUUACGGAGCACAUCACCAGUAGCUUCCGAGAAGAUGCUCCUCGUCCUCCGGUACCGGGAGAGGAGGGAGAGUCGUCAUGCUACAUACCCAGCCGGUCUGGAAAAAUGAAAGCCCUUAACAAGGUUAAAGAUAAUCCUGCUGCCGCCACUCUCCCCGGCUCCACUCCAAGGAGGAACGAGGAUGGCUUGGGGGAGCCGGAGGGAAGUGCGUCCCCAGACUCGCCACUGAUCCGGUGGACAAAGUCUUUGCAUUUUCUUCUUGGCGAUCAAGAUGGUGCUCAGCUCUUUAGAACCUUUUUAGAGCAAGAGAAUUGCGUGGACACCUUGGACUUUUGGUUUGCGUGUAACGGCUUCAGGCAAAUGGACUUAAAGGAUACCAAAACACUACGAGUUGCCAAAGUUAUUUUCAAACGGUACGUCGAGAACAACAGUAUCGUCGCCAAGCAGCUCAAACCAGCCACCAAGACCUACAUAAGGGAUAGUAUUAAAAAGCAACAGAUAGACUCUGCCAUGUUUGACCAGGCACAAACAGAGAUCCAGUCCAACAUGGAAGAGAACUCUUACCAGAUUUUUUUGACCUCUGACAUAUACCGCGAAUAUGUGCGCACAGGUUGUGAGAACGCAGCGUACGCAAAUCAUGGCACGCUCGGAAGCCUCAAGCUUAUGUGUGGAUACCUUCCACCGCUUAUGGAGGAAGAGGAGUGGAGCUGUCAUGACCUGAAGGCAAAGGCUUUAGGUUCUGUGGUCGGACUUUCGGCUAAAUCCCUAAGGGCAACUGCAACCAUCCGGACAACAGCUGAAGUUCUGGAGAACAGUUGCAGGGCACACCGUCGAGGAGACAAUGCCAGCCCUUAUUUUGUCAACUCUGGCUACAUCUUUGCUCCUGCCACAAGUGCCAAUGACAGUGAGAUCUCAAGUGAUGCUACGACUGAUGAUUCAAUGUCAAUGACAGACAGCAGCGUAGAUGGAAUCCCUCCUUAUAAGCUUGCCCCCAAGAAACAUCUACAGCGAGAGAUGAACCGCAGUGUCAAGAUCAAUGGCCAGGUUACGCUUCCCCACUUUCCAAGGACACGUCGUCUGCCUAAAGAAAUGACCCCUGUUGAACCUGCAUCUUUUGCUGCCCAACUCAUAACGCGACUUGAGAAGCUGAAGCGAGAGCAAGAAACCAUGAGCUCUUUGGCUGAGAGACUUCAACAGAUCCAAGAGGAGGAGGAAAAAGAGGAUAGCAUGGACCUCACCAGCAACACCUCCCUCCAUCACACUCUUCUUCCAUCUGGUAGCCAAUGUGAGGAAGAUCCCCAAGCUAUCCUUGAUGAUCAUCUAUCAAGGGUCUUGAAGACACCUGGCUGCCAGUCCCCUGGUUUGGUUCGGCACUCACCGCGUUCACGGUCCCCAGAACGGACAGGUGCCUUGGUACCUUCAGGACACGGGUCUUUCUUUGGUGCUUUUCCUGGUGUUGCCAAAAGUCUGAUGUCAGGCCGUCAGUCCACAAAAUACACCCAUCACCAUUAUAUUCACCAUCAUCAUACUGGGCCAAAGACUAAAGAGCAGAUUGAGGUUGAGGCAGCGCAGCGUGUUCAGUGCCUCUGCCCCUCAGGAGGCGCCAAUUACUCUGAUUUUACCCCUGUUCGCUGCAGCACUUUGUCAAGACGGCAAAUCAGGUCAUCCGAUGAGGGUUUGUUGUCACCAUGCCUUCCUCUUGGUACCGCUGACCGAUCUCAGAAUGUUUGGCAGUGGAUUCUAGAAAGUGAGAGACAAGGCAAACACAAGCCUCACAGCUGUCCUGGCCUUAAGAAGCCCAACCCCCUUGACUUCAAGACCCUGUCUGCUCAAACUCACUCUUUAUGGGGUGGGGGUGACACUGGUUCUGGAGUGAACAUCCGUGGGCACCACCCCGGUCAUCCAUUUGUACAGGACCCAGCCAUGCCACCGCUGCCACCACCUAACACUCUAGCACAGCUUGAAGAGGCCUGUCGUAGACUGGAGGAGGUCUCCCGAACACCAAAACCAAGGUAUUCAACAACAGCCAUUAGCCCCAGAGACCAGAGCCAUCCAGCCACAGCCUUACCUGUUGGAAGCAGCUCUCUAGCCAGUCCUAGACGACAAACAGAUGGGACUAAUGAACUCAUGGUCACCUACUUCUUCUGUGGUGAGGAAAUUCCCUACCGGAGCGUGAUGAAGACUGACUGCCUCACAUUGGGACACUUUAAAGAACAGCUUAGCAAAAAAGGCAACUACCGGUACUACUUUAAAAAGGCCAGCGAUGAGUUUGAGUGCGGCGCCGUAUUCGAGGAAGUGUGGGAGGACACCACGGUUUUGCCCAUGUACGAUGGAAAGGUCCUGGGCAAGGUGGAGAGGAUGGACUAAUAUCACUGGCAACAUCCUGAACACCAAAAAGCUAAAGUCCCAGAAACUUGAGGAAGAGAGUCUGUAAUAAACUUUAUUUCUUUAAAUUAUCAAUACUAAGAGUUAAUAUAUCCAGCACAAGGAGUGAUUGAAGGAAGACGAGCUAAUGAAGUAUGCCUAACUCAGAGAGGGGUUGUCCCUCCCUCAUUUUCUCAACCAACCAGCCUUACAAACACAAGGGAACGACAUCAGAAACUUUAAAAGACCAACUGAAGGGGUGGAACCCUUUACUGCUUCUUGAAUAUAUAACCACUGUUUUGAUGCGUAAUGAGAGACUGUUGUGCGUUUACACUGACACGCGGGUCAAGUGCAACGGACUAGCAGGAGGACUGGAGAUACGCAGUAUGACAGCCAGCCUACCCUUCAGCUUACUACAUAGUUACAAAGUGUUUAUACAUGUGCAUAUACAUACGUGCAUAUAUGUAUAUAUACAUGUAUUGUAUUUAGAUGCAUUGUGUCAAGAGUUGAAGGUUGUUAUUAAAUAUUUAUUGAAAAAAAAAAAAAAAAUCCCUCGUAACCCCUCCCAACCUGUUCCUGCCCACUCCCCAUUUCCAGCCAAAAGGCAAGCUGCUUUGAAUGUUGGGAGAAUACUGUGGUGAAAUUGUUUAGUAUUUUUGUUAUGUUUUGACGUUACAAUACACAAAGGAUGUGACGCUAGCCUAGCACCACCCACCGCCUUGUUACCCCUCUGAUCCGAUUUGACAUCCUUCUGUGGGUCUUGGUCAAGGCUCCUAAUGGUCAAUCCCAGUCUUAUAUGCUGCUGAAGGUUUGAAAUGCUAGUUUUGUCACUCUAGUGUUUCUUCCCCCUUUGCUGGAGCUCACUUUUUGUCUCUAAACUGUCAGCAGAGCUCAGUUUAUGUGUUGUGCCUUUGUUUGUAAACCGGGCUUUGCACAGGGGGAUACACACAGAGCAGAGACCUGGAACACAAUUUGUGUCAUCUAAUAAUGGUCGUGUUUACAGCUCACACACCAAAAUGAAUUGAGCUAACAAGAACAAGUUUGGAAAAAGUGAAAAAAAAAUGAAGAACAAUGGCUCCGAUAUCCUUUGAAUGUUGCGAUAGUGACUUUGUAUUUAACAGAACUCCUGUAUACAUUGUAAUUAUGCAUCGGAAAGUAUGGAUACUGACACUCGUGUUGCACAUCAGGAUUAUAUGCUCAAAAAAACACAGAUAAGAACACACUAUUGCUGGUGUUUUAGGAAUACAGCGCUUGUGCCUAAAUGGAUGCCAUACCAUGUGCUACCCUGUUUCAGGGUUUUAAUAUAUAUCCCUUGGUUUUCAGAAGGGUUUUUAUGUUCAAAGAUAUUUUUAUGCUUUUAAUGAUAUCAUGUAAUCAUGUUUGUUUGUUUUUACAUCACAGCCUUUUUUCAUUCUAUCAAAACUGUAAAUUAUACAUUAUAUAAAGAGUUUCAUUUAAAGAUUUACAUGGACCUAUAAUUAUUGUAAUUAUUGAGAGAUGUAGCCUUUAUUAAAGUUUUAUAUUUUUCAAAUGAAAUCAAUGCUUGAGGGUGUUUCUUUCUCAGUCAACAUUUUCACAUGUUCAGUUUUUAAAUGAACACCUUAUGAUUUUUUUUUUUUCACAGAAUUGCUUUGAAAACAUUUGCUAGGGAGAGAUGGAUAUGUCUUUCAUUAGUUGACAUGGCCUUUAUGAAAGGAAAUAAAGACAAGUUGCCAUAAUCUUACACAGAUAAAUGGAUAAUAAAGUCGUGAUGUAAGUAUAUCGAUUAAUACGAGAACAAUUGAGGAUCUCAUCAAGUAACAUUUUAGUAAGGUACACCCAUCAAUGUGCUCCUGGAAACCAAGGGGUGACAAAGAAAAUGGAAAGAAUAUAAGCCACAGCAUUAAGAGAUACCCACCCUACAACAGCUCUACAUAUCGUGCAAAUGGCAUGGGGUGAUGGUCAAGGAAACACAGGAUCUCAUGACUAUAUCUGCAUUUAAAAUGCCAUCAAUAAAAUGCAUCCAUGUUCAUUGUCUAGAGCAGGGGCCCUCAAAUCCAAAUCUUGAAGGUCCACAAAAUUUUUUCAUACAAGCAUGGGUCCAUUUAUUAAUGUUGGUCGGGUACAAGUAAGGU